AUCCCCAGGUGUUGUUAUCAAUCGUGCAUGGAUUAGGCGCUUUCAAUUUCUGCUCAGCACCGUGAUAAAGACAGUUGACUCUGAAACGGCAACCAUGGCGGUUCAAUCUCCGAUCGGUCUGGACAUUAGGGAAGUGAACUUGACGGACAAUUUGGCCCCUCUCGAGUAUUAUGGCCACUUUGAUCUCGUAGGACGAGCUUAUCUGGAGAACACCCAGACGUCUGCCCAGGUCACUCUGGAUCGCGCGCAGAAACCGUUCAUCAUUGGAGGUCCUUUGGGCAAUCAGAAGUACAUCUUCGAGCAGCUGCACUUUCAUUGGGGCGAUCAUGAUCACCUCGGCUGCGAGCACACCAUCGAGGGCUGUCGUUACUCCAUGGAAGGACACGCUGUCCACUAUAACGCCAAGUAUCGUGACUUUCAGGAGGCUGUCACGAAGCCCGACGGGAUUGCCGUGACAGGAUUCUUCCUCCAGGCUCUCGGUGACACCGAUUUGCCCGAGUUCGAUAAGAUCACCCAUGCGAUCCGCCAAGUUUCUGACCCAAAGGCCAAAACGCAAAUUGAUCCCGAUUGCCUCGCUUGGAUGAACCUGCAGGAUCUCUCCAAGCACUACUACACCUACAAGGGAUCCCUCACGACCCCGCCAUACUACGAGAGCGUCACCUGGAUCGUGUACAAGACCCCAGUUUACGUGUCCAAGCGCCAGAUUGAUGUGUUCCGCAAACUUAGCUGCAGUCGCGAGGAUAAAUCCAAGAAGAUCAUCAACAAUUACCGCGACGUGCAGCGUCCACGUCACAACCCGCGGGUUGUUUUCGUGCGCAACUGCGUGAACCUCAAAGCCAAGCUGUAGACUGGUUCAAU